CUAAGCGAAGGAAAAAUUGUAGACAUUUUUGGAUUAUGUGACGGUUAAGGAAUAACUAUUUUAAUAUUACUUUUAAAUAAACGAUGUGAUAAGACUUUUAUAUACGAGUAUAAAAUAGUGCUCGUAGGCAUUCCAUUAAAUAUAUUAUUUACUAAAAUGUGGUAUUGAUGUCCAAAGAAUUAAUAGCCCUUAACAACUUAUCGUAAUAUUCAGGCUUUUAUAUAAUAAAAUUAUAAGUUUCUUUUAUUAGAUCUGUAAAAAAACUUAGAAGAAAGAUACAAUCAUGUUUGGUAGAUUCAAAUAUGCAUUGAUGAGUGCAGUUGGUGGAAGCGAGUUAGGUUUACAAUAUAAUAAUGAAUCUGAUAAUGAAACAGUUACGGAUGUGAUAAACUCUAAUAUACCAAUAACUAUUGAAACAAAACCAUAUAGCCGACCAAGUUUUCUUGGUUUAACAAAUGAAGAAACUCAGGUGAGUGCGGAUCAUAAAGUACGUCCAAUAAUAGUACCUAGAGAUCUUAGUAGAUUGCCAUGGUGCGCUGGUUAUGCAGAAUGCAUAAAUGCUGGAAAAAGUACAUGGAACGAGGAUCAAGCCACAGCGGUGCGUGGUGACUUAAAACUAACGGAUGCAAACACAAGUUUACCGUAUGUUAUGUUUUCAAUGUUUGAUGGUCAUGCUGGCUAUCAAGUAGCUUUAACUGCAAGAUUACAUCUCCAUAGGAUAAUUUUGGAAAGGUUAAUGGCUAUACCAGGUGAAAUUUUAUUAUCUGAAAAUAAUGAAGCUACUGUGAUACAAGGAAAAGAUUUAAUUGUAGGAGCUAUUGAACUUGCUUAUAGACAAAUGGAUCAAAUGGUCGAACAUCAAGCACAAAAAGGAGGUGGAGGAUGUACAUCUUUAACAGUUCUUUUCCUACAUGGCAAACUUUAUGCUGCUGGGGCUGGAGAUUCUAGAACGAUUAUGAUAUUGGAAGAUAGUGAACGAGCGCUUACUAGAGACCAUACCCCUGAUUCAGAAUCAAGUCGUGUACGUGCUUUAGGGUAUUUAAAAAGUGGAGAACUUUUGAAAGGACACUUUACAUCACUAGAAUUUAAAAAAAGACCUUUACAAAGAGAUAUAGGUUCAACGGUUUUAUAUAGGGAGCCAUACAUGACAGGCUGGGCAUAUAAAAUUUUAUCACAACCUGAUCUACGGUUACCUCUUGUAUCUGGACAGGGAAAACGAAGUAGAGUGAUGGGCACAAUAGGAGUUACUCGAGGAUUUGGUGAUCAUGGACUGAAAGCUGCAAAUACAGGUGUUAAUAUAAAACCAUUUUUGUCAUCUCAACCUGAAGUGCAAUCAAUAAACUUAGAAGAGUGUAAUCUUAAUGAAAGAGAUUGCAUUGUUUUAGCAACGGAUGGUUUAUGGGAUGUAAUUUCUGAUAAGACUGCAGCUAACAUACUUAGAAAGACUCUUGCACCAGAUACUCCAUCAUUAGAAUACAGACUGACAAUGGGCGCACAAGAAUUGGUUCAGGCAGCAAGAGGUAGAUUAGUUGGUCGAGUGUGGAGACUUAAAUCUGAAAUGCAAGAAAAUGGAGAGGACGAGAUACUUCCAAUGGCAUCUGUCGAUGACAUAAGUGUAAUGGUUGUGCCGCUUUAUCCUUAUCUGUGCGAACAUAAACAGUGGAUUAAAACACAACAACAAGAGAAACGGCAUUUAAUUAAUUCGUUAGAAUUAUCGACAAGUGAUGCAACCUAAAGUAUCGAUUUUUUUUUUACAUUUUUAACUAGUUAGCAAUAAAGGAAAGGAAGGAAUCCUUAGUUGAAGAUCUUUUUUCAUCUCAUCACAUUUUUCAUGAAACAAAAUCAAAAGAUUUAUUGAUUAAUUUUCAUCUUAGAUAAUAAACGAUGACAGAUAUACUUUCACAUGCUACGCAAUAACAAUAU